UGAGUAUUUAUGAAUUAUGUUACUGAUUAGGCCUAAACCUUUUUGAUCCAACUGAACAUACUGUAGUCUACCACCUCUGCUCCAGAUACUUUUAAUGCAAUCUUGCAACCAUAACCAUCGUCAGCUGUAGGCCUACUACAUCCCUCUCUAGUCAGCAUUUACUCCCUCCAAAAGUUAACAGGACAAAUGAGCUGCCACAUGUCAGUCAACAAAGUAUUGAUUCACUAUUGGUCCGCCAGCGAGGAAAGGGCAGAGAGGACCCUCCCUCAGCCAGAUGUGCGCGAGCAUCUAUCUCCAGUCGGCACCUCUGGCUUCAGAUGAGCACUGAGCCUCCUGCAGGCACACGGACAGCCAGAGGAAUACCAGAGCUGUGCCUCUGCCCCGGACUCUACAGCGCUGCAGACGCGCGUCCCCACUGUCUACGCUGAGCCUGUGCAGCAGCGGCUGCAUUCACUCUGCUACCGCCCUGCUUGUUGUAUUUCGCCGCUCCCAGAAGAGAAACCCGUCUAUACCCCACUCAUACAGGCGGACCUGUUCACAUUUUCACUGUGGAUUUUAAGUCGUUACAGGAGACCGUGGAUUGGAACUAAUUAUUGCGCGUAUUGGAUACAUUUGAGCGGAAUUACUGUUAGGUUAUUGUUUUUCAUGGUUGGAGACAGUAUGCUAUAUUGAUAUCCAAUCUGCGUGAUAUUAGUUCAUCAUUGAGAAGCACGCGGAGGGGCGUGGAAUUCAUUGACAUCGAUUUGGUGUCCUUGUGUGUAAAACAACCGAGAUAUUUUCUCCCCACUCCUCCCUUCCCUCACCUUCAGCAUGACUUCUCUCUCUGGGACCAAAGAGAGGUCUGUGACCAGCAGGAGCAGAAAAUACGGGAUUACCGACACCUCUCCGACAAAAUCAGCCUCCUUCUCCCCGGAGACAUGGUACAGAAAGGCCUACGAGGAGUCCCGGACCGGCAGCAGACCCGCUCCAGAGGGAGUCGGCUCCAUGCCUAGCUCCACAGGCACCCCCUCCCCAGGAUCUGGCACCUCUUCCCCGGGCUCUUUCUCUGGUUCCCCCGGGACCAUAUCCCCAGGGAUCGGGACCUGUUCUCCCGGGUCUCUGGGUGGAUCGCCAGGUUUUGGUACAGGUUCUGGCAGCGGGAGUUCCCCUGGUUCUGAGAGAGAGAGGGGGAUAUGGUGUGAGAACUGCAACGCCCGGCUGACAGAGCUGAAGAGGCAGGCGCUGAAGCUGCUGAUUCCCGGCCCCUACUCCAGCAAGGAUCCCUCCUUCUCCCUCCUCCUCCACGACCAGCUCCAGGUGCCCAACAGCUCGCGGCGGGCGUGGAACGAGCGUGACAGUCGCUGUGACGUGUGUUCCACUCAUCUUACCCAGCUGAAACAGGAAGCAGUCCACAUGGUGCUGACCAUGGACCAGUGGGACCUGUCCCCCAGCUCGUCCCCCACCCUGCCCAGCCGCAGUGGCCUUCCCCAGGGCCCCACAGCACCACGGGACUGGGCCUACCUCCUCUCAGCCUCAGCAGCCUACCCCCAUCCACACCCACACCACCCUACCAUGCCUCCAUCCUCCUCUAGUGCAUCAUCCUCAAGCCCCAGCCACACUGCCUCCAACCCCUGCCAAGGUGCAGCAUCUGUGCGGCAAACCUCUGCCCAGGCAACCUCUUCAGCUCUAGCCCCAGCCUCCUCAUCUAUAGCUCCAUCCUCUGUGCACCAGGGAGGAUACCCCCGCCAUGGGUCCAAGCCCAGCUCCCUAGGGGUCGGCUUGGGGGUUGAGAGGAGAAACGGCUCUCCGGCACACAGCAGUAAAGCCAGCGGUGUUCAGCCGGCCCAGCCGCCCCACAGCCCUAGUAAUAAUGGUUCUGGUAGCGGAGCGUUACUGAGCACGGCAGCCCUGCAGGCUCACCAGUACAUGUCUCGCAGCAAUGGAGGGGGAGUCACACUCUACCCCUACCAGAUCUCCCAGAUGAUAUCAGAGGGGUGUAGAGAGGGUCUGACGGAGGAGGCUCUGAACCACUACAAUGCUGAUGUCCCCGCCCCCUCACCCUCCCAGGUCCCUCCCACUUUGCAGGUUACCACGGCAACCCCAACCACCACCUCUGCUGCUGCAUCCUUCUUCGCCAGAGCUGCCCAGAAGUUGAACCUGUCUUCUAAGAGGAAGAAGCCGCGCCCAGCGCCCCCCCCAGUGGUGUGUGACCCCCCUCUGUUCCCCACCAACUUCAGUGGGACCCUGCAGACCACCCCUCCCCCUGCCCCCCCCUGCCUGCUACGGGCCGCCAGCAAGAUCAAAGACACCCCCGGACUGGGCAAGGUGAAGGUGAUGGUUCGUGUGUGUCCUGUGACUUCCUCAGACGCAGCAGAGUCCAGCUACUUCCUCAAAGUGGACACCAGGAAGAAGCAAGUGACCAUCAUGGAGCCCUCAGCCAACCAGACGCAAGGGAACACCCCCCAGAAACGAGGAGGAGCCAAUCAGGUCCCACCUAAGAUGUUUUCCUUUGACGCUGCUUUCCCCCAUGAUGCAUCACAGGCGGAGGUGUGUGCUGGUACUGUAGCUGAGGUAAUUCAGUCUGUGGUGAAUGGAGCCGACGGCUGCGUCUUCUGUUUUGGCCACUCUAAACUGGGUAAAUCCUACACCAUGAUAGGUGGUGACGAGUCCAUGCAGACCCUGGGGAUCAUCCCCUGUGCCAUUUCCUGGCUCUUCAAGCUCAUCAACGAGAGGAAGGAGAAGACAGGAGCACGUUUCUCUGUCCGAGUCUCCGCCGUAGAGGUGUGGGGUAAAGAGGAGAACCUGAAGGACUUGCUAUCUGAAGUGGCUACAGGCAGUUUGCAGGACAGCCAGUCCCCUGGAGUCUACCUCUGCGAGGACCCCAUCUGUGGCAUGCAGCUCCAGAACCAGAGUGAGCUGCGAGCCCCCACGCCAGAGAAAGCAGCCUUCUUCCUGGAUGCAGCCAUAGCAGCACGCUACAGCAGCAGAGAUCACGCCGACCCAGAGGAACAUCUCAACUCACACAUGCUGUUCACACUGCACAUCUACCAGUACCGCAUGGAGAAGACUGGCAAGGGAGGGAUGUCGGGAGGUCGCAGUAGGCUCCACCUGAUAGACCUGGGCAGCUGUGUGAAGGUGCUGGGAGGAGGGAAGGGCAGAGACAGCAGCGGUAGUACCAGCACCACAGCAGCAGGGCUGUGUCUGUCUCUCUCUGCCCUGGGGAACGUCAUCCUGGCUCUGGUCAACGGCAGCAAACACAUCCCUUACAAGGACAGUAAGCUGUCCAUGCUACUGAGAGAGUCGCUGGGCAACAUGAACUGCCGGACUACCAUGAUCGCUCACAUCUCCUCGUCGCCUAGCAACUUCUCUGACACGCUCUCCACGAUCCAGAUCGCCUCGCGCCUCCUCCGCAUGAAGAAGAAGAAGACCAAAGUCAGCAUGCAAUACACAUCCAGUUCGUCAGGGGGUGAGAGUUCGUGUGAGGAGGGGCGUAUGCGUCGCCCCACUCACCUGAGACCGUUCCACUCCCGUAGCUCUGCAGACUCAGACCUGCCUCUGCUGCACCUCUCCAGCGACCCAGACAACUACUCCAGCAGCGAGCAGUCCUGUGACACUGUCAUCUAUGUGGGCCCCAAUGGGGGUGCCAUCUCGGACCGCGAGCUGACCGACAAUGAGGGCCCGCCAGAGUUCGUCCCCAUCAUCCCUGUUUUACUGAAGAGCAAAGCCGAGUCUGGCGUCGUGCCGACUAUGCCACCUCUGCAGCAGCAGCAGACAGUACUCCCCAAGCCCCAGGCUCAGCUUGUCCCUCCACAGACACACACCCAGCCCACUACCCUGCCGACCGAGCCCCUCAACGCCCUCAACCAGCCCCCGCUCCCCCUCCUCCAGCCCCCACUCCCUCUCCUCCAGCCCCUGGGUCAUCCCCUGCCCCCCGUGCCAGAGGAAGGGGCGGAGUGCCUGAAGUGCAACACCUUCGCUGAGCUGCAGGAGCGUCUGGAGUGUAUCGACGGGAGCGAGGAGGUGGCAAAGUUCCCCUUCGAGGAGGUGCCAGCUAACAGGGGGGCUAAGCCCGACACCCUGGUUCCCCCAGGGUCUGAGACGGGGCGUAAAGGAGGGGUGGUGGAGGAAGUAGAGCCCCUCAGGAGGAUGUCCAACGACCAGCAGCUCCAGGAGAUCAGGGAGGUGGUGGAGGAGGCAGAACUGGCCCAGACCAUGAUAGAGAGUCUGAGCCUGACCGGCAGCUGCAGUGUGACGGGUAGCAGUGGAGCAGGACAUACCAACACCAACCCUCUACAGAGGGCCAAGAGUGCCAGCCUCCAUGACAGUCGUGAGUCUCUGAGCGCGGGCAGUAGCAGUGAUGGUAAGCCCCGCCCCCUGGGCUCUCCUCGGCUGGGCAUCGCAUCUCUUUCCAAGACCUCUGACUACAGACCUCCCUCCUCACCCUCACAGCGCUGCAAGGUCUACACCCAGAAGGGUGUGAUGCCGGGAACGCCCCCUUUGUCCUGCCAGAGUCUGUCUACUGCAGACAGCCUGGCUGCAGACAGUGGGAGGUCCUCUACAGAGUCCCAGCCGGUGUCCCUGUCCAGAACCUCCCCCGCGGGGAUGAGUCCCUGGGUCCUCAAACGAACCAACUCCUCGUCUGCUAGCCUGGGGUCAGCUGAGACGCUGUGUGAUGAGAAUGUUCCUCAGAUUCCUCUGGAUGGACGCAGGGAUACCCAAGCUCCAGCCCCCAACCACUCCUCCAUCCCAGCCGACCCUAGCUCUCUGGGGGAAGACGAGCUGGUGUUCACCCUGGGGUGUAAGGAGGGGCUGGAGGUCCGGGGCCUGCUGGAGAGUGGCGGCCGUCCCAGCAGCAUCAUUAGCUUCAGCAGCGACUGUUCCGUCACUGCCAUGGACUCGGGGUCCCGCCCUAUCUCCAUCAACAGCAGCAUCAGCGAGGACCUGGAGCGCUAUGGAAACAACACUACUGUCGUUGCUACGUCCACCGGGGUGAUCCCCAUGACAACCGCCUCCGUCGCCGGAGUGAUCGCCAUGGCGGAGGUCAGCAUGGCAAAGCUUCAUGUGGAAGGAGAGGCGAUGGCGGCGGUGCCUAGCCGACGGUCAUCCAUCUCAUCGUGGCUAAGUGACCUGAGUGUUGUUAGCGACGGAGAUCAGUCUCUGCACAGCUUCAGCCAGUCCCAUGGACACGGGGAGGCUCUGGCCGAACCAGACCCCACACAGGUCCCCCUCUGUGGGGCAAAGGAGCAGGACGAGGCAUGCCUGGGUUAUGGAGGAAGGACGACUCCUGAGAGUGAAGUAGCAUUGUCUGGAGAUGUAAAAGGGAGAGAGACUAAAGAGAGGCUGAAGAGACUGCCUCCCUCCCUGGGUAAGACCACCAUCUCCCUCUCCGACAUGCAGACCCUGGGGGCCUCCAGCAACUUCCUCCCCUUCAAGACCAACAUUACAGUCCACCCCUGUGUGGCCGUCAAACCCAUGGUCAUACUCUCCUCCAUUACCAAGACUCACCUGCUGCCCAAGGACCCAGCCAAGACUGCCCUGGUCCUGGCCUCCAUGUCCAGCGAGCUCCGCUUCGAUGACCCCUGGAUGAAGAGAGACGGGGUGGACGUGAGGCCCAAGGAGCUGGUGUGUGAGGUGAAGCCAGAGAAGUGGGUGGUGGAUCCACCAGUCAAGACAGACCCAGCUAAGAGCAGCCAGGCCUGGCCCCAGGGCGAUAGGGCCAGCAGGGUGGACAGUGGCUAUGGAGGGGACCGUCACAGCUCCAGCAGCGGGGAGGCCAUCUCCUCUCCAGACUCCUGUAAGAGGGUAGUGGACGGCUCUGAGAUGGUGCUGGUCAGUUCUGGGGAGUGUCUGGUGACUCCUGUCUACUCUGCCGACAUCCUGCGCACUGCCAGUCUGCCCCGUGGCUGGCACCGGCUCAACCGCCACGACGGCCUGGAUGAGGACCCAAUCCGCUACGACGCUAACGGAGGAGGGGGGGAGUACCGAGGCCUGGGGGUCACCUCCUCCACCCCCUGUAGUCCCAGGGCGACCCUGGACCGAAGGGGGUAUUCCGGGAAACAUGGCCUAUUUUCCCGCCAGAAAGGUAUCCCACCGCUGCCACCAGUACGCAAGUCCAGUCUGGACCAGAAGAACAGGGCAGGAGGCCCCCUCAGCCCCAUGCACGCAGCCAGCCAUGGCCUCUCCUUCUUGAGGAGUACCCCGGAGGACCUGGGUGUGCUUGGAGGAGGUGGAGGGAAACAGAAGGGGUGCAAUGUGGAGAGCAGCAGGUUAUUCAGUGCUAAACUAGAGCAACUGGCUAACAGAACCAACUCUCUGGGUCGGUCCCAUGGAGGUCACAGCUCUCAUGGCCCCCACUACGACUGCCUCUCUUUGGAGAGGGGGGAGGCCUUCAGCUCCCUGGGCUGGAAGGUGGCAGCCGGAGGGGGGAGGGGGGACUGCACCAUGCCCCGUACCGGACGCAGCCUCACCCGUGGCAGCUCAUUGUCAUCCUCCUCCCCUAAAGGAAACGGUUCCGGUAACAGCCCUGGCAGCGCUCCCCAGUCACCCAAGUCGAGCCAGUCCAAGAUCUCAGCGGUCAGCAAGCUCCUGAUGGCCAGCCCUAAGACCCGGAGCCUGUCGGCCUCCAGCACCAAGACACUCAGCUUCUCCACCAAGUCUCUGCCCCAGUCUGUCAACCGCAGCUCCAGUCUGCCUCCCAACGGCAAGCCCCAGGGUCAGACCUCCACCCAGUGUCAGGGACAGAACCAGGCACCCAGCUCUGGCUCCUGGUCCACCCAGUCUCUGAGUCGCAACCGAGGGGGAGGCCUGGCCGCGAAGCUGCCUCUGAGAGCUGUCAACGGACGCAUCUCCGAGCUGCUCCAGGGCAGCGGAGGCUCUCGAUCCGCUGGUCACAACCGAGGAGGAGGCUCCGAGGCUGGGGAGGAGAGGGGUGCUGGAGGGGGUGGAGGUGGUGUCGGGGCACAGGGAGAGGAGAGACCCUUGGUAGUCCACACCCUCCCGUCUCCCUACAGUAAGAUCACAGCGCCCAGGCGGCCGCAUCGCUGCAGCAGCGGUCAUGCCAGUGACAACAGCAGUGUUCUGAGUGGGGAGCUGCCCCCGGCCAUGGGGAAGACGGCUCUGUUCUACCACAGUGGGGGCAGCAGUGGCUACGAGAGCAUGUUGAGGGACAGCGAGGCCACAGGAAGCACCUCCUCUGCCCAGGACUCUCUGAGCGAACACAGCUCAGCCACCAGCAGCAGCCGCCGCAGCCUCAAGAACAACAAGAAGAAGAACAGCAGCACAGGUACCCAGCGUCGUCGUCUGAUUCCCAGCCUGACCCCGGACUCGUCCUCUCCGGUCAGGAAGCCUGCCAUCAGCCCAGGUGUACGCUGGGUAGACGGGCCGCUACGCCCCGCCCCCAGGGGAACCUCAGAACCUUUCGAAAUAAAGGUCUACGAGAUAGACGACGUGGAGCGCAUGCAGAGGAGAGAGAAAGGCAACAAGGAGGUGGUUUAUUUCAGUGCUAAGCUGAAGAUCUUGGAAAACAGGCAGCAGCGGAUCUCCGAGGUCCGGGCCAAGUACGACUGGCUGAAGAAAGAGCUGGAGCAGACCAAGCAGCACCUGAUGCUGGAGCCAGAGAAAUGGACCACUGAAUUUGACCUGCAGCAGACGUUUGAGGUGGACUCUCUGGAGUACCUGGAGGCUCUAGAGGUGAUGACAGACAGACUGGAGACCAGGGUCAACUUCUGCAAGGCUCACCUCAUGAUGGUCACCUGCUUCGACGUCACCUGCCGACGCAGGUAGAACAAAGACCGGACAGGCGGACCACACCUCCUCUAGGACUCUUAGGACUCAUGGGAAGUGGAGACAACACAGCAGGAAGAGAGAGGGAUGGAGCAGAGGGAGGGAUUUCCCUGAGGAGGUGCAGAGGCAGACGGAGUCUAAAGAGGAAUAUUUUUUUAAGCAGCGGGCAAGGGAGCGAGAGAGGGAGAAGAGGAGGAGGAAGAAAAGGAGGAGGAGGAGGAGAGUGUUUUAAAGAAGGAGUAUAUCUCCCACCGGACAGGAACAUCACUUUUACAGAGGAGUUGUUGGAGUUUGUAAAUAAAGUUUUGCUUGCUUUGAAUAAGGCCUGGCUGACGGACGGCUAUUAGUCACGUAGGGAAACAAAGAGAAAAGAAUGACAGAAAGGAAAGAAAACCAACCAUGUGUGAGAGAGACAAGUGCCUUGCGAACACUUCGAAAUCUGAAACAUUUCUCCUGUAUUUGUGUACAAACGGUGCUAGCUGAAAAUAAUGAUAGAUCUGAAAAGUGUAAAUAAUCUGAAAAAAGUUUGACUCUGUUUCCUCUCCCUACCUAGCUGUUCUCAGUGGUUUGUACUUAUAUAGUUCUACACUAGUUAUGAUGCAACAUAUCAACUGUUACGUGUUCCUUUUUUAUACGUCUUUUUAUUCUCUGAAGAAAGUGGGACCACACAAAGUGCUUUAGGGGAUGCUAUAUACAGGUGUAGGAUCUUCAUUUGAGACAGUUUUCUACAGCAGGAAAAUAAUCCUGCAGCCACAGGAAAUGUGAAUUAUUAUGUGGAUUAAAAUUAACAUACAUUUUUGUAGGGGUUGAUUACAUUUUUCGUAAGGGAAAAACAAGUCUGACAUUUCUAAGUAUAAAUUACAAACUUCAGAAGCCUUUUUAAACCACAAAUACACUACAAGUUUAAAAUGUCCUGCAUUGCAGGAAAGUUCUCUUGCAACAGGGUGAUCAAAUUAAGAUCCUACAUCUGUAAGGACAGACAAUGUGAAUAGUGGUGGUGAAAUGCUAAGCCAAAACAUGGUUUCUCUUAUGGACCAUUGAUUUCCUUGUCACCACUCGGGCUAUGGUUUUGGCACCCGAAGUAUUCAGUUGUGGGUUCAGGCCUACCAUACACCAAUCCCCCCUCCCACUAACACCCUGACUAGAUCGUCCACACUGCGUUCGUGAGUGUUGCAAAAUAAAUGGUCACACUUUAAUUGGAUAGUUUGGAUAGCAUCUGUAGAUGCUCUACUAUCAUGUCAUACUAUCAACAAACUAGCUGUUGAUAAGCAACUGCUUGCUAAGGUUACGGUUACACAUAUGUUAUUCUUAUAAUUUCAUCCAAACUGCACGUGAACGAGCGUCUGCUUAUCCAGCUGCUAAAAUAGAACUUGGCUCAAUUUGAGAAGCUGGAAACGAUUCAGGUUCCGCCUCUCUCUUCUACUCAUUGGUUUUCACAAGCAUACUAACCCAUGUGGGUGAUUGAAAGAUGAGAGGAGAGAUUCAUCAAAGAUAACUAACUAAAAACUAACAAGGUUUCCCCUUUUAUCUGGGAAUUAAUCGUCAGAGUAGAGAAACACACAAUUCGACAAAGAUCCAGGGAAAAAAAUGGACCAUAUGCAAUUCAGUUAAAAUAACAACCCGAUGUUUAUCUCCCAGGACAAAUUAGCUAGCAACAGCAGUGUUUCCAUUAAUAUAGUUGGUUCACAGUUGAUUUUGGUAUUUUAAUUAACCUGCGUGUCCUGAUCUCGUCUGGUGGGGACAGACAAAAUCAACCUGCACACGUUGGCACGCGCAGAGCUGGUUUGGUCAAGGUGUAAAGAUGAUCAAGAGGUACAGAGAGACAUCAGCUAGAAGGGAGGAGAGAUGGAUGGAGGAGAAAAUGCUAGAAGAAAAUAGUACCAAUAGGGAAACAUAAUAACUACCACUGAGGGAAUGGGUGUAACAAUGUGAUUAAUGGGUUAAAGUGAAGCUGUCCUACAGUAUUCUAUAGGUCUAAGGCAGCAUUUACACAAGCAGCCUGAUUCUGAUCUGUUUUACACUAAUUGGUCAUUUGACCAAUCACAUCAGAUCUUUUUCAGAGCUGAAACCGAUAGGUCAAAAGACCAAUUAGGUAAAAAAAUAAUAAUAAUAAUAAUUGGACUGCCUGUGUAAACACAAAUGGAAAUCUGAGCGUAGAGGAAAACCUCCCAUUCACUCUGCUUGGUGCCACUGUCAUGGUGCAUUCACUCUGCUUGGUGCCACUGUCAUGGUGCAUUCACUCUGCUUGGUGCCACUGUCAUGGUGCAUUCACUCUGCUUGGUGCCACUGUCAUGGUGCAUUCACUCUGCUUGGUGCCACUGUCAUGGUGCAUUCACUUUGGUAGUAUUUUGUAAAUAUAUA